AUGGGGUCCAUCAGCAAUCUUCGAUUCGAGCAUUACCGCGACUCCGACGUUCUGGGCCGACACGACAGAAGCCCGCGGCUAUCGUGGACUUUCAUCAACGCCUCGAGUGGGUUCCGACAAGUCCAGUAUGAGCUCGAGAUCUGCGAAGACGAAUACCACUCAACUCCAAGCACCUACAAGAUCGACUCUGACAGCACCGUCCCGGUCCCUUGGCCCCAUCCACCCUUGCGAUCACGGCAACGGGUCUCCGUUCGAGCGCGUGCCUGGGGCGAGGAUGAUGCCAUAGUCACCGUCACCCCGUGGAGUGAAAGCGUAUCGUACGAGGCGGGCCUGCUGGAGCGCGACGACUGGACAAGCCAGCGCAUCACCGCUCCGUGGGCUCCCGGCACGUCCGCGGCGGGCCCCGAGCAGCUCUAUCGCAAGGUAUUCCAGGCACAGGAAGGCCGCAAUAUUGCCCGGGCCCGCCUCUAUAUCACAGCUCAGGGGGUCUACGAGGCCGAGAUUAACGGACGAAGGGUGGGCGAUCACUUCAUGGCACCAGGGUGGACAACCUAUAGCGCGAGGCUGCAAUAUCAGACCUACGAUGUCAGUGCGCUGCUGCGAGCUGGCGAGCACAACUGCCUCGCCGUUCGUGUGGCCGAGGGCUGGUUCUCAGGCCGCAUUGGCUUUGAAGGCGGCCGGCGUAACAUCUGGGGCCCUCACACCGCACUCUUGGCCCAGCUCGAGAUGAUCUUUGAAGAUGGGACUGUCGAGGCCGUCGGCACUGACAUGUCCUGGAUAGUCACUCGAGGUCCGAUUCGCCUGGCCGAGAUCUACGAUGGCGAGAAGUACGACGCCAGGCUCGAGGUGCCUGGCUGGGCCGAGGCCACAAACCAUGACCACGAGACCUGGGAGCCUGUCCUCGCCUUGGACACGCUACCGCUGUCGGUGGCCCUGGAAGCGGGCUGCAGCGAGCCUGUCCGCCGUGUAGAUGUCGUCAAGCCCAUUGCACGGCUAUGCAGCCCAUCGGGAAAGACGAUCCUCGACUUUGGCCAAAAUCUGGUAGGCUACAACAUAGCUGGACAGCGAGGCCACAAGAUAACCCUGAGGCACGCGGAGGUUCUCGAGGGUGGAGAGUUGGGCACGCGUCCGCUGCGCGAGUGCCAAGCGACGGACGAGUACAUUCUUCGAGGCCCAACAGAGACAGACACGACAGAAUCUUAUGAGCCACGCUUCACGUUUCACGGCUUCCGAUAUGCCCAAAUUGAUGGCUGGUUACCUCAAGAGCAGAGCGACCCCGACAGCUUGCUCUCGUCUAUCGAGGCUGUGGUCUGCCACACGGACAUGGAGCCGGUCGGCACUUUUUCGUCGUCACACGAGCUGCUCAACAAGCUAUACUGCAACGUGACGUGGUCGCUGCGCGGCAAUUUCCUCUCGGUGCCAACCGACUGUCCACAGCGCGACGAACGGCUUGGGUGGUCAGGAGACCUCGCCGUCUUUGCGCCCACGGCUACGCUCCUCUACGACUGCUUCGACAUGCUCAAGAACUGGCUUGUUGAUGUCGAACACGACCAGACUGCCCUAUCUGGUGUGCCGGCAUUCGUGACGCCCGACUCCAUGCUGACGGAUCCGGCAUGGUGCAGAAAGAUCCCCUGUGCUGUCUGGAACGACGUCACUGUCCUGGCACCCUGGGCGCUCUACGAGGAGACCGGGGACGUGUCCGUGCUGGCCGAGCAGUACCGUAGCAUGAAGGCCUAUCUGAGCGUUGUCCCGCGAGAAAAGGAUUCUUAUCUGUGGGACUCUUCCAUUUUCCAGCUUGCUGUAAGUUUUCUGUACAUCGUACCUGAUAACCCCCUAACCUACGCCAUUGAUUUCUUUCUGUGGUCUCGCUGCUGA